UAUCGUUAACAGAUCUCACUGCUUACCUCGGCAAGUAUAACAACGGCUGGUUUCACAUUCUGGGUCAGUGGCUACUGAGAUCAGCAGAAGGACAAACAGUGAGAGGGGAGCUGACAAUAACAUCACAAAGAACAUGAGCAGCACAUUUGUGACCUUAUCAUCUGGAAUGAAGAUGCCAAUGGUGGGCCUAGGGACAUGGAAGACCACUCCUGAGCAGGUUAGAGAAGCUGUGCUGUGCGCCCUGGAUGCUGGGUACAGGCACAUUGAUUGUGCUGCUAUCUACGGAAAUGAAAAGGACGUGGGAGAGGCCUUGAAGGAAAGAGUAGGACCUGGCAAGUCCAUCCCAAGAGAGGAACUGUUUAUGACCUCAAAACUGUGGAACACAAAACACCACCCUGAUGAUGUUGAACCAGCAUGCAGGAAGACCCUGGAGGACCUUGGACUUGCCUACCUGGACCUUUAUCUGAUGCACUGGCCUAUGGCGUUUGAAAGAGGGAACUUAGAAAUGCCAAAAAAUGAUGAUGGAACCAUGCGUUAUGCUGACAUCCACUAUAAGGACACAUGGCGGGCUAUGGAGAAUCUCGUGACAAAGGGCCUAGUCAAGGCGAUUGGCCUGUCCAACUUCAACGCCAGGCAAAUUGAUGACAUUUUGUCUGUUGCUAAACAUAAGCCAGUGGUGAACCAAGUUGAAUGUCACCCUUACCUGGCUCAGAAGGAACUUAUGGCUCACUGUUCAAGAAACAGAAUCCAACUAAUUGCAUAUAGUCCACUGGGUGCCCCAUCCCGUCCUUGGGCUUGCCCCGAUGAGCGAUCACUACUAGAUGAUCCUCAAAUUCUUAAUGUUGCAGAAAAACUCAAGAAGACUCCUGCGCAAGUGAUCUUAAGGUGGCAGGUCCAGAGAGGGGUGGCAUGCAUCCCGAAGAGUGCCAAGCCAUCCAGGAUCAAAGAAAAUAUACAAGUGUUUGAUUUCACUUUGUCAGAUGAGGACAUAAAAAAAAUGGAAUCCUUGAACUGCAACAAGCGUUUAACAGUCCCACCCAUUGAGGUAAAUGGCCAGUCAGAGUGGAGAGAUGCAAAGAACCCGUUUUUUCCAUUUCAUGAUACAUACUAGCAGUCUUUAAAGCCGACUGGAAAGUGUGGGUGUAGCACAGAAUCAUGGAUAUUAUUUUCAAUAUGUCAUAUAAUUAUUUAUAUCACUUUAGUUUUGCUAUGCUUUCAAUCAUAUGAU